AGCACAACAUAGCAAAUGCCAUGAAAGGCUGGUGAUAAGGCAUGGCGGGAAACAAAUCGUCCAUGCGUGGACCAAACGUGGCCGGGUGCUCUACGAAGUCCGAACGUGGUGGGCAGAGCAAUAUAUAUUCUUGCAAAAGCAAAAACAAACCUCCGUUCGACUCUAUCUGGCAAUCCGCCACGCCCGGGCGGUUUCUUCGUCCCGGAACCACCGCGACGCGCCGACACCGUAUAGGUCCCAAUCGGAAAUUCGGAGGCGGAGUCCCGUCGUGGUGGUAGGAUUGGGGGGCGCGCGGCCCUAGGGUUUGCUACUUCGGAUCGAUCUCUCGGAUAUAUCAUCAGCCCCUGAUGCCUUGUGAGGUCGGAGCGGCAGUGCCAGCGGAAGGAUCCACGGCGCCUCCUCUAUCCAAUCCCAUCGGCUUCGGAUCAAAUAAAGGGAACAAAAUUGAGGGCCAGAUGGGAUUAUAGGCGCGGGCAUAGUUGUGUAGCGGUGGCCCCCUAGGGUUUCCUUGCUGACAGGAGGAAACCCUAGGGUUCGUGAUCUAAAUGUGUCACACUACAACGACAUACAGGAAUAAUCAGUAAAUAGCCCGGCCUUAGGUUCUACUAGUGCUUGACUUUUCACCUCCCUGGCGUGGUGGCGCUGGUUGGUAAUCAGCAGAGAAGAUGUCGGCCGGCGUUGCAACUCUCGAGCCCCUCCAGGACCAUCUUGCUGUCGUGCCACAAUGCCUGCUUGGUGGACUCCAGCCACUGGAUUCGAUUCUCAUUUUUCUGGCCAUACCUGGGAUGCCACCGGUGCCGAUCCGGGUCCUGGAUUCAGAGUCUGUCGCCUCUGUCAAGCUCCGAAUCCAGCGUUUCAAGGGGUUUGUCAUUACAAAACAGAGGCUGCUGUUUGGCGGGCAUGAGCUUUCGCACAACAACUCCCGUGUGAGAGACUAUGGGCUUGCCGAUGGCAAUGUUCUUCACCUUGUUGUCCGGUUAGCUGAACUCCAUGAGAUUGUAAUUGAGACUGCCCAUGGGAAGAAGUUUCGAUUCCAGGUGGAGAGUGCCCACAAAGUUGGGUAUCUCAAGAACAUGAUUGCUGCUCAGACCGGGGAGCAAUUAGAGAGCCUGAAGGAUCAAAAGCUUGUGCUUGGCGACAAGGAGCUUGAGGAUCACCAGUUGAUCACUGAUAUUGCCAAAAAAGGUGAUGUGGUGAUUCACUUGUUCAUCAACCAGGCAGCAAAGGUCCAGACGAACAAUAUUGAUAAGGAAACUGUUGUAAAGGUUGUUACUCCCAAAGAAAACAGAAACCUUCAAAUCGAUGCCAUGAACCAUAUAGACACAAAUAGUUGCAAGCAUCCUACUGUUGAGCCGAUUGUUGUUAAUCUAAAGGUCAAGCUUUCUCCUGUCAUUAUGGAAAUGAUUGGCACAACAAUUGCUGGUCUGGAAAAUGGAUACCUUCCUGUCAUGUCAGCAGAAGGAUCUGGAGGUGUCUAUUUUAUGAAGGAUAAUUCAGGAGAAAGCUGUGUUGCCGUGUUCAAACCUAUAGAUGAGGAACCAAUGGCAGAGAAUAACCCCAGGGGCUUUCCUUUGUCAGUUGAUGGUGAGGGGUUGAAAAGGGGCACACUCGUCGGGGAAGGCGCAUUAAGGGAGGUUGCAGCAUAUCUUCUGGACCACCCAACUGAUGGAUGCAAAUCAGAUGGUGCUGAAGGAUUUUCUGGUGUACCUCCCACUGCAUUGGUUCGUUCUUUCCAUAAGGGGAAGGAGAUUAAAAUUGGAUCAUUGCAAAUGUAUGUGCAGAAUCGUGGAAGCUGUGAGGAUAUGGGCUCUCAAGCUUUUCCUGUCAAGGAGGUUCACAAAAUUGCCGUUUUAGAUAUUAGGUUAGCGAAUGCUGAUCGUCAUGCAGGGAACAUACUGGUUUGCCAAGACGGAGAUCACUUGCAGUUGGUUCCAAUUGAUCAUGGAUACUGCUUCCCAGAGAAGUUUGAAGAUUGUACAUUUGAGUGGCUCUACUGGCCUCAAGCUCGUGAGCCCUUCAGCACUGAAACGCUAGCAUACAUCAAGUCGCUAGCUGGUGUCGAAGACAUUGCGCUCCUCAAGUUCCAUGGGUGGGAGCUGUCUCCUCAGUGCGCUCGAGUUCUUCAGGUUAGCACCAUGCUCCUGAAGAAGGGUGCCGAGAGGGGCCUCACUGCGUACGACAUUGGUAACCUCAUGUGCAGGGAGGUGGUCACGAGAAAAUCUGAAAUCGAGUCUCUGAUGGAGGAAGCAGAGGACUAUUUUCUUCCAGGGACGAGUGAGGAAACGUUCUUGGAGACUCUAUCCGAGAUCAUGGACGGUUACCUUGACAAGGUACUGCCAGGUCAGUUACGGUAAUGGAUGUAAUUCUAAGGUUUCAUCCAGUUGUAAACACUUUUAGCAGUAGGCACUCCAAAUAAUGAAUAUUUUGUGAAUAUAUGACAACGAAGAUCCCAGCCCAGCUAAAUCUCAGCUGUAUUUUGUGUAUAUUCCUUGAGAGAUGUGCAGGUAGUUCCGGUGUGUAUGUUUCGUUUCUGUUCGCAGUUGAUUGUCAACGAUUUAUAAUUUGUAAAGUUUCAAGUUGAGGUGGGAUGAGACCUUUUAAACUGUCGAACACGCAUUGGUUGAUCUCGAUGUACAAUUGAAAAUGGUGUAUUACAGUUUUUUAUUUUUUGAAAAUAAUUGGAGAAAUCAUGAGACAUUUAAAUAUUUGUGUA